AUCACCUUCAAGCGGCGCGUCCAAUCGAGCCUGAAGAGACGCAUCUUGAUAGCAUUCACAGCUUUGAAAUUUCUUGAAUAGCAAUUGCAUUAUGUGCAAAACAUUCAGAACUUUGGCGCGGUAAUACCACGACUUGUAUACCUGGUACGAACGGAUCGAGUGCUCCACGGGAGAGAAGAGGAAGAAGGAGGCCAGCACACAUUGCAAGACUUCGGUUGAUGGUAAGGUCCACGAGACAACAUGCAUUCUAUGGCUUAUGGCCGCUCGGGAGACCAUCGCCCUUCGAGAGGGAGCCGAAACUCGGCCGCUGUGGCAAAAUCCAGGGCAGGUCCGGGCAAUAAUGCCCGAGACUUCGUAGUUCCUGAUCUGCCCCCCUCGUCGACGAAGCCUUCGAGUCCACGAGACGCAAAGCACCGCAGGCAAUAUGGCGAUGGCGGCGGCGGCGGAGGACGCAACUGCAACGACGGUGACCGCGACCGCGACCGAGAUGUCGAGAGCGUCGGUAGCAGCCCUACCCCGCCCCCAGAGCUCGCAGUCAGGGCUCGCUCCCCUACGCAGCGCAGCCCUCGACGCAGUCAUGCCCAUCGCGGUCACCAAAACCACAACUAUCACGACGAUCAUGACCGCGACAUCGACUACGACGAUGAGGUGAACUCCUCACCCACCCACAAACUGAGGAGGAGCCCGCGGGCGCGGUCGAGCAGCAACUGUGGGCCGGCGCUCGACCUCCUGAACAACAACUCGUCGAACGGCGACGGCUGCAGGGUAACGACGACGACGACGACGGAGGCCAGAAGCGGGAGAUCGAGCCCCACCGGGCGGAGGAGGAAAAGCCCAACGGCACCCGCCCCCGUCAAAACCUCGACGGCAGAUCGGCAACCCGACCGCGACGACAGCACGAACGGCAGCAAGUCGCAACGCAAAUCCGAAGGCGUCCCGGACGACGAAGGCGACGGAGGGGGAUGCGGCUCACGCAGGGCGGAGAAGUUCGUCGACGUCCCGUACCCGGCGAAGUGGAGAUGCUUCGGGCGGCGGCCACCGGCGAUGCUGGAGUACCGGCCGAUGGGCGACAUGCGCACACGCAACGUCCGGCCGGCCGGGAAACAGAGCUACCUGAUGCGCAGAGCCGACGAGAGGAGGGGCUGCGACAGCCGCGUCUUCGAGGGCGACCUCUGGGACGACAGCUACGGGCUGGCCAAGCCCGUGACCGACAGGUGGACGACGCCGCUGGAGUACGGGAGCACGCGGGUGAUCAGAACCGGCGACAUCGACCCGUGGUUCGGCCCGGCACGCGGGGACCUCAUCAUCAUCAACCCGGCGCAGAACUACUACCGCGCCAUGAAGUCCGGCUAUGUCAUGAGCCUGCGCAGCCGGUACAUGUUCGGCGUCGGCGACCUCGUCCUGCGCCUGGGCAAGUUCAUGCCGGACGGCCAGUACGUGCCGUACGGAAACCUGGAGCUGUACAUGCACACGGCCAGCCGCGACUGGAUGUUUCUCGGCCGCCAGCCGUAUCUGCUGGUGGACUUCAACUACCACAACCUCGACUACGAGAGCCCCGGCAAGUAUCUGGCCAUCGGCACUUUUCUGACCGACAACUUCUGGCCGCGCCGGGGAGACAUCAUCGUGCGCGCCGGCGCCUGGGCCGAGAACUACACCGAGAAGCACCGGCGGUACCACAGCUCCGUCAAGUACUGGCGGCCGAACAUGGAGUUCCUGCCGAACGACAUGCUGCUGCGCCCGUACGUGGACCUGGGCCGGUGCGAGCGGACCCGCGAGUUCUACUGGGGCGCGGCCGAGCUCUAUUCCUACUCCGGCAAGGGCCUGUCCUGGGCCUACUGGGGCCGCGACCACCACGUCUGCGACACUCCCUUCCCCGGCCCCGACCGCGAGCCCAUCAAAACCGGUCACCACAAGGGCGAGACUGGCCACUACGGGUCCGACAACUUCGAACGCUCGUCCUAGGCACUCGGGGUGUGGGUUCCUCCACCCCAAGGCCCACUUCCGUCGAAGAAAUUCGGCACGGGAACGUUCCUCAUUGGGGUAUUCCUCACAGGUCGUCAGUGAGAUUCGGUCGGGAGGGGUCGAUUCGAAGAUGAUGUUACGUAUGAUCACAUUGGAGAAUCCAAUCGGGCCACCUCGUACUCGGGAAGGCAUACCGAUCGGACAUUCUUGGCCCGUGUACUUGGCAUGUCGAGAGCGAGCUCUUCGAGCCGUUCAAUGAUUACUCAUCCGGCCCUGGGGCAGGACAGCCAUGGCCUCACAUGCAGUGCCACCUGUACAGCGAGUCUUGACCAGUAACGCUGUCCGUCGAUCGAAACAUCGUCCCCUACACUUCUCUUCUCGUCGUCGGAGAGUCCAUGCAUACAGACGGCCGGACUCUGAUACCCCGGAUGGGGCGUCCAUUUUGGAGUGAACCUCUAAACUCCUCUAAACUCUACAACGUGGACCAGGUUGUGUCGUAGUUACUAUGCGAUUCCUGAGUGAGUAGAGGAGGCAUGGGAUCGGGCAACUUCAUGACCAAACUCCUGAUGCUUGCUCUCCCGCCAGCGGUACGUGUUGAGAUGCAGUACAACCAUUCAGAGCGCGUAUCCAGUUUUUCUUGACAGGGCCCGAAGAUGUGGUUGUCUUUUUUCACCGGAAGACUCACUCGAUGACUUGCGUGAUGGCCUGAACCCGGGACUCCUGCUCUCAUGACGAGCUUGGACACGGAAGCCGAGAUGCCGGUUUCAGUAGACUUAGGACCCAAGGACGAUGCAUAAUUCCGCUGUUUAUGAAUCUUCAUGCGCUCGCUUAAUCGGACCGUACUGUCUCGGUCGUGGCAGGCUUGGAUAUUUCUAGUGGGAAUGCGACUUGUGGGAAUCAAACAGUAUUACAUCCGAGAUCAAGUUAGAUCUAGUAAGCCUGCGGGGCCUCUAGUUAGCACUAAGGCAGAUAAGUGGCUAUACACCGCACCAUGUAAGAUACAUGGCACGGUGUACAGGAUUUUGCUUCACAUGCAUUUGAAGUUGAGACAGGUGAUAAGACGCACACAGUUGAGCAUGUUGUUACUUGGGAGUCUAGAAUUGGACAAAUGAAUGUACCUCUGAGAUUUGCCGGUUCAUGCAACCGUGCAGGACUCGUUUGUCGGGUCGGCUCAGGUUGUGUAGACACAUGAAGAAUCAUGUGUCUUUUACCUUGCGAUGUUCGUUGUCUCGGGG